AUGCCUUCCAGCUUCUGCACAGUUUCUCUUAGGACAUGCUCUGGCCUUGGCAAUGCGCCGUUCGGUGUUGAUCAAUUGUGGGGUCAGUGCGACCAGGGGGGGGCACCAACCGAACCUUUGCCGCGUGCGCCAGCGAAACGUACCAAAAAAAAAGUUACAGCGACUUUUAGAAGGCGAUUCUGGAGUCUGCCUCGUUGCGGAAACCACCGAGACAAAAUGCUCCCAAGUAGAGGUUUACUGAGGUCAAGCCCCUCGCUGGGCCUUGCCAGAAAGUCGUCGUCCUCCCGAAUCUCAACACGACAGUUCGGCACCGCUCUGCGUAGCAAUGGAUCCCUUCCUCAGACUCCUCGCACCGUCCUCUCUGGGAGCAGGAUAGGUGGUCCCGCUGCCUUCACAGCCGUGCGGUAUGCCUCAACUCAACCGGCCGUCGCCCCAACCCCCGCCCCCGCCGCUGCCGCUGCUCCAGUGGUGGAUCCGAUCGCGAGCCCUUCUGUCCUGUCGGAUAUCGACACCACCCCCGUAUCCCUCUCCGGAAGCGACCUCCUCAACAUGCCUGAGCAAAUCGGCUUUCUCAAGAACUUGGGUCUAGACUACGGUUUCGGCCCGACAGCCCUCAUGGAAUGGAUCCUCGAGCACACGUACAUCUACACGGGCCUCCCGUGGUGGGCGUCGAUCGGUCUUGUCUCGCUUGCCAUCAGGGCGGUUCUUGUCAAGCCUAUGUUUACGGCUGCGGAAAUGGCGCAGAAGCUGCAGGAUCUGAAGAGGGAUCCCAAGUAUGAGCAGCUGGAGAAGGAGGUCAUGUCGGCUUUUCAGGGGGGCCAGGCGGAUCAGUAUGCCAUGUUGGAUAAGAGGAAUAAGAUGAAGGCAAUGAGACGGGCGGUGGGGUACAAGAUGCUGCCUGCGAGUGUUCCGGCCUUGGUGCAGAUUCCCGUGGGCUUUGGGAUGUUUAGGUUGAUCAGGGGAAUGGCUGAUUUGCCGGUGCCGUCGAUGGAGACGGGGGGGGCGUUGUGGUUUAAUGAUUUGACCGUGUCGGAUCCGUUGUUUAUUUUGCCGAUUGUGGGUGCUGGGUUGAUGAUUGCUAGUAUGAGGGUACCACUCCCGUACAUGGCCUCCUCGCAGCAAGGAACCAUGAAGAUCAUGACCAUGGUCGCAGCGCCAAUCACCCUCGGUGUGAGCAUUUUCUUGCCCGCCGGUCUCCAACUCUACUUUGCGAUCUCUACUUUCCUGCAGUUUGGACAGCAGUGGCUCACGUAUCAGAACUGGUUCCGCAAGAUAAUCGGUUUGAGACCAGUGGUCUUUGGGGGCCACCAUAGGACCCCUAUUGGCGGAGCGUACCAGGCCCCGAGAACUCUGGAUACCAAGGGGACCGUGGUGCCACAAAAGGAGACCCUUUUUGAGAGCUUGAAGUCGACCAAGGCGGCUGCGCAGCAGAAGCUUGAGCAAUGGCAGGAUAACUCUACUCACAAGGCUACGUUUGCCAAGGCGCAGGAGUAUGAGGCGAAGAGGGCUCUGGAGGAGAAGGAAAGGCUGUUGGCGAGGAGGAAUAGGAAAAGGGCGAGGGGCCAGGAGGAAUGA